AUUUUUGUAAAGGUUGCACGUCACAGCUCCAAUAUGCUCAUGGGGAAUAUAUAUUCUAUGUACACUCCAUGUACAAACAUGAUGCACAAACACCAGUGGAUAUUGGAUUAUAUACUCUGGAAAAUGUAGGAGAUACGCGUCGGACUGGAUUGUGAACCAGGAUGUAGUGGGAAAAAAAUGACCAGGUUAUAUUUAGGCGCGGGGAGUGGAUCUCUAAAAUUAGUGAGUUGAUUUGAUUAUGAUCUAGAGAUGAUUGAGAAUCGGAACGCUGUGAUUAAGAUAAAAAGCGAUCACCCCCUUUUUGAGGACGGAAGUUAAGUGAUAAAAGUGACCGGAGCCAAAGGCAAUUGACUGAGGACUGCUUUAUGUUUUGACGUGAAGUACACAACAUUUUACAUGUUUGAACGCGAUAGAUCGAAUCGCCAUACAGGAUGUGUGAAGAAGAUUUUUUUAGUAGUUUGGAAACAGGUUCAAGUUAAGAUAUGGACGGAAUUUACCUUUUAACUAAUAAUAUUCGUCAAAGUGGACUGCACUAACUCAGGCCGGUGAAUCCCCUCUCUCGUUCGUUUCUUCGUGAUCCAUAGGCUGUAAGGAUAUGUACAUGGAAGAUCUCGAGCCGCUUUCUUCAAGUUGAAUAACACUUCAAUUUGCUUUAUAUACAGGCUCCUUGGUCAGACUUACAGUUGUAAAUACUUCUUGCCAUACACUACAAGCUUGACAAUGACGAAUGCGAACACGACCACGGAUAAUCCAUCAUCGCAGACCACGGAUAAUCCAGGAGUGUCGGCGUCGGAUGAUCUCAUCUUCGGGAUAUGCGCAGUCAUUGCCAUCAUUAUUCUGUUCGGCAUCAUCCUAAUACUGGUUCUUCAUCUGUGGAGAAACACGAGAAAGCGACAACAUCUGAUCUCGGGCCAAACUAAAGAUGACCCGGAAGCACUAGAGAUGACCAUGGCCAAAACGAAUACUGAUGCAGAGGCGAUGGUCAAUGGAAAUGGUUCUGCUUCCCACGGCAACGGGGAGAGGGUUCUGAGCUAUUACCAUAAUUACGAGAAAAGUACACUAACUGGGGAUUCCAAGCCCUCUGGUAUUUCUCUGGAUGAAUUCACCGUUUAUGUUCACAAAAACAGACAGUCCUUAGAACUCAUUGAGGAAUUUGAGGCUCUUCCAGGUGUGAAUGCAGAAUUACAAACCUAUGCAAAAGAAGAAGAGAACAAACCAAAGAAUCGAUAUCGAAACAUUCUUCCAUAUAACAAUUCUCGUAUUGUGUUAGAGGUUAUAGACGAAGACCCAUAUUCAGACUACAUUAAUGCAUCCUAUAUAGACAGUUUUACCAAAGAAAAGGCGUACAUAGCUUCGCAAGGUCCAAAGAAGAACACUAUCAAUGAUUUCUGGAGGAUGAUAUGGCAGGAAAACAUCAAAGUCAUUUCCAUGGUAACAAAACUUGAAGAAGGUCUUAAGGCAAAAUGUGAGCGUUACUGGCCAGACAUUGGAAAUGAUGCCAAAUAUGGUGACAUACACGUCGAAUCGAAGGAGAGAGAGGAAAGAGAUUUCGGAGUCAUCCGAAGCUUCAUUAUAUUCAAGGAUUCUGAAGAAAGAAGACACGUAACCCACUUCCAAUUUACCAAGUGGCCUGAUAAAUCCGUUCCUAAGCAGACGUCACUCUUCUUAAGAUACAUGCGAGAGGUGAAGAAGACCCAUCAACUGGACGACUCAGUCCCUCUCCUAGUCCAUUGCAGUGCUGGGAUAGGUCGUUCAGGUGUUCUUAUAGCAAUGGAUAGCGUGGUCGACCAGGCCAAGAAAACUGGUAAGGUCAAUGUCCAUGGAUUCGUUCAGGCGAUGCGAGACUGCAGACAAAAUAUGGUUCAAACAGAUGAGCAAUACGUCUUCCUGCACGAAGCGGUUCUCGAGUCUUUGGUCUGUGAGGAUACCCGGAUACCCGUCGAAGAAUUUGAUAUCCGGCUUCAGAAGCUGAAGCAGCAACCGUCAAGAAGGGGUGAUACACUACUCGCUAAGGAAUUCAAGACGUUAUCCAAGAUAAGUCCGGAUCCGACUCCGCUUGCUAUCCGAACCGGUAGUAAACUGGAAUGUCGAAAGAAAAAUAGAGACAGUUCCAUACUACCCAUUGAAAGAAACCGUGCAAUGCUUCAAACAUGGUACUCAAACGAACCUUGUGGAGACUAUAUCAACGCUAGCUUUGUAAAAUCACAAGGAAACGGUUCUUCACUGUACUACAUUGUAACGCAGAUGCCACUUCCAGAGACUGUUAUUAAUUUCUGGUGUCUAGUAUAUGACUACAAGCCAACAACUAUCGUCAUGCUAAACCAACUCGACAAAACCGACUCGACGAUAGCUCAGUAUUGGCCUGAUGGAGGUUCGGUCCAGUAUGGGCCGUUCACAAUAUCUACAACAUCAGUGGAGAAACACAUCGGUAUGAUCGUCAGGACGUUACAGGUGCAACUCUCAGAAACACAGAAUGUGCGUGUAAUCCGCCAAUACCAGUUCCUUGGUUGGCCCGGUGAUAACAAGCUCCUGAACGAUCAAAGCAAAGGACUAUUAAUACAACUCAUACAGGAUGUUUAUCAGUCAUCAUCAGUAUCAUCACAAGAUGACAACCAUUCCAACGUUUUGGUCCAUUGCAUGAAUGGGGCUGGUCGUAGCGGUGUAUUCUGUACUCUCAAGGCAUGCAUGGAUCAGGUCAUCGAAGAGGGCGCUGUCGAUGUCUUUCAAACCGUCAAAACUCUUCGGGUGGAUAGGAUGAGGAUGGUCCACACCAAGGAGCAAUACCUUCUCUGCUACGAAACCAUCCAAGAGUUCCUCAAACAAAGAGAGGAAGGUGAUAAAACGGAGGAUGAAGUUGAUAUCGGCGAGGAGGUCGAUAGCAGUACUCAAACCGUUGACAAUAUGGAGCUGGAAACAGGGCACGUGUAUCAGAAUCAAGCAUUCAUUAAGGAUUGAUAUAGGGUAGCGAUCUCCCCACUUAUUCAUCGUAAAGAGCAUUUCGGCAGAGUUUCAUGAACAAUUGUUGUCGUGAACAAGUCAAAUCAUUCAAUUUUCCUUGAUUUCUUUUUAUGGACUGCGAAGCACUGAUCAUCUGGUAAAUGUCGGAUAGAACAUACACUGUGGGAUAAGACAUCAGAUAAAUAUUUUCAUGAAACCUUCCCCAGGUAGUUUCAUUAAUGAGAAUAUUUGGUUUUAGAUUUUGGGACUUCUAUUUAUAGCAUUUUCUUGUUCUAAUUGAAGAGAAAGGGCUGAAAAUAAAACCGACAAUAGACUACCAUCAAUUCAUCGCAUCACAUUAGUACACGAGCAAUUACUUUCUCACGGCUGGACAUUGACCUGGAUGUUAGCAUUAAAUUUAUACAUUCAUCUGAUUCGACAACUAUUUAAAAAAAAACAUCAUUGAGCAGACAUGACUGAUUUUGAAGAAUAGCCAAUCAGAGAAGAGAGGACAUAAGGACUCGGCAGAACUAACAACCAAUCUGAGAGGACAGAAUGAGAAGACAUCAUAUUGAUUACAUCUCAUUGAUGAGACGACUUGAUGAAGCAUUGACGGAUGCUUUUAAGUAUUCAGUCAAAAACUAUAGGAUGAUCACAUUGAAAGUGAUCACAUUUUUUUCAUUGGGUACAGGGUCAUUUCCGGUGUGAGUGUGUUAUCUUUAAAAACGUAGUAAUUAGAUCGCGACUAUGACAUUACACAAUGUCACAUAAAUGUAUACAUAAAUGAAAGAUAUUUUUCUGUUUGCUGUACCACUUCCGCGUAUUACUAUUAUGUCUUUAUAUCUCCGACAGUCCCCUUUGCCCUGUCUGUCUUUAUAUAUCUGUCCGUCUCGCGUUAUGUAUUUAUCUUAAAAUUCUUUUUUUAAUUGAGAAAAAGCAGUACUAUAGUAUUACCUCCUAAGUUUAAUUCAUGUGCACAUAUAUUUUGUGUAAAUUUUUAAACUGAGUUAUUGUAUAGGAGCGCGUAAAAGAGAUUAGUGAUUCGGUGAUAAUGUAAAUAGAGGAACACCCUCAAAAGUAAAGAGGCACUUUUCAUAAAAGGUAUGGCAAUAUGCCAUGUUUUUUGAAAGGGGAAAGGAAAGGGGGACAUGCCCCCGUCCUGGAUCCGUGGCUGCAUUUGAUAUUGUUAAUUCUCCAUCAUGUUAUCAAUUAAGCUAAUGGUUCCCUUUUUCCGUCUCUCGUCUUUCGUAAUCCAUGCAGAUGAAGGCUGUUUUCCUAAGCCUUCCUUAACCCCCCCCCCCCUUCGUCCCCCGACCCGAAAGCUCUGAUCGACGUGAAAUUUUGCAAAGACGUUUAAAGCAAUUGUAAAAUGUGUCGCUAGUUAUUUUGUUUUCGCCGACGAAAUUUUGCUGUAUUUUGUAAAAUAAGUUAUACAAAUUAGAUGCAUAUAUCAUUAUAUUGUUACCAUUGUCCUCGAAUUAAAUUGUUUUAAUGCCAAAUCUUCCACACAAUAGAUAUGAUUUCCAUUGUAUACAAAAAUUUCGAACUUUUAUUCAUUCGUUUAUUUUAUAGUGUUCUGUAACAUAUUGUUAUAAUUUUUAAUUCUUAUGUAUUUAAUGAUUUUAGUGAAUGGACGUGUUCCAGAAUUUCAUUUUAUCAAUUUCAAAUGAUAAUUAUAAUUUAAAUUGUUUAGGAUGUGCACUUAGCAAUUUUUUGUGGCAAUUUAUAAAAAUCAGCUUAUACAAUUUGUUUGUACACAAAUUCCUGUAGAAUGCCGACAUGCAAUUAACUUAAUACCAAAGAUGCCUCAAACCUGAAGAAAGAAAUAAAAGGGGGGGCCAACACGAUAACCCCACGUGAUGGCACAAGCCUCCCGUCGUCAGCUUCAAUUUUACAGUGGUGAUGGAAAAUGAUCAUACAAAUCUGAACUUUAGCGACACUUGGAAGUCCAAUUUCAUCGACAUAUUACGCAGUAUUUUUCUAAGUCUGUUGCAAUUCGCUUUACUACUAAUAAUAAUUAUAAUAAUAAGAUAAAGAUAAUAAAUAAGUUUUUUAUAUUGCACUUUUCCUAUAAUGGCUCAAAACGCUUUACAGCAUAUUGUUACCCCGGUCAUUGGAUUCAUUACAAUCCUGCACAAAAGUGCACACUUUCCACUCCCUGGUGAGCAUUCCUUGCAAUCAUCGCAGCCCUUCGCACGCAGCAUCAUAAUGGCGCUGGCAAAUUCGUACUGUACAUACAAUAACUUUUACAUCCUACCGAGUACCCUCUUAGUACCUGGGUCGAGAGUGGCAAAGUGUAGAUUAAUGCCUUGCCAAAAGGACGCUAGACCGCGGUGGAAUCGAACAAACGAUCCUCUGUUCCCGCUGUUUACAAGGCAAGAGUCAGAACCACGGCUCUUCCACUACUUACUAUUUCUUACUAUAUUAUUCAUGUCGGACUUCUAAACUAGGAAAUAUAUGACUAUUAUGGAUAGAGAUAUACUUUUUUAUAGAAACUUCUGAAAUAUAUUAUGUAUAUCUGUACUCUGUUAGGAAAACGACGUAUACUAUAUAACCAAGAAGGCACAUGGAGUAGCGGGUGACUUUUUUUUUUUAGAAAUGUGUUCGAUUACUUUUAUUUUCAACCAGUGGUAUAUUGCUUCAAUUCAUAAACAAACACGAUUAAUGACAAGACAAAUGAUUUUAUUCCGUGAAUUUACCAAAUAAUAUAGGCUAGAA